GCGAGUCUCAGAAUCGCUUUCAGCCAAAAUCCAUUCAGUCCAAAUUUUUAUGGCUUCUUCGUCGUCUCAUUCUGCUGCUGCUGCCGCUGCUGUUGUGCCUGGCUCCGCGGCUGAUAUUGCAGCAACGCCAUACGAGGUCUCUGACUUGUCCGCGCCCGUGCUCGCCAACACGCUCCUGCGCAUCGGCGUCUCGGUCAUGCACUCGAGCCAUUCCGUGCGCUCCAAGCUCCUCUCGGACUCUGGCGGCUACCUGCUCCGCAAGCGUCCUGUGCCAGACCAGCCCACGCUGCUCCCAUUCGUCCCAGACUAUGCACUUUCAACCGAAUUCGCCAACGCGCAGGCAGUCCAAGUCGAGGACAUUGUCGCGCGUCCCACUGGAGCGCCAGGAUUCCACUUUGACACGGUGCAUGACUUCCACAAGGCGUAUGUGAGCAAGGAGCUGUCGCCGGUGGAUGUCGUGACGGCGCUGAAUGCCGCCAUCGCCGCGUCCAACGCGCUCGAGCGGCCCCUGCGAGCGGUGAUUGCCACGCAACCCGACAGUGUGCUCGAGCAAGCGCGGGCCUCGGAGCAGCGCUACCGUGAUGGCACUCCGUUGUCCCCUCUCGACGGUGUUCCUGUCGCCAUCAAAGACGAGCUCGAUGUGAUUGGCUACCCAACCACGGUCGGAACACGCGUCUUGGGCAAGGUUGCCACGACCGAUUGCGCCUCAGCGGCGUCGCUUCGUGCUGCGGGUGCCAUCAUCAUUGGCAAGACCAACAUGCACGAGAUUGGCAUUGGCACGACGGGGUCGAACGUGAACCACGGAGUCUGCCGCAAUCCGUACAACCUCGGCCAUCACACCGGUGGCUCUUCGAGCGGCAGUGGGUCUGCCGUCGCUGCCGGCUUGUGCCCUAUCGCCAUCGGCGCGGACGGUGGUGGCAGUAUCCGCAUUCCGGCCUCGCUUUGUGGCGUGGUCGGCCUGAAGGCGACGUGGUCGCGCAUCAGCGAGUUUGGUGCCUUCCCCCUGUGCCCGUCUGUCGGCCACACUGGUCCGAUUGCAAGCACCGUGCGCGACGUGGCACUGGCGUACGCACUGACCGCUGGACCCGACAAGCGCGACGAGUACUCCACCAUCCAGCCGAGCAUUCAUCUCUCCAAUUUUGAGAGUGACGAUCUGACUGGCGUGAAGAUUGGCGUGUACGAUCGCAUGUUUGACCACGCCGACGAGCAGGUUGUAAAGUCGUGCCGUGCCAUGCUGGAUGUGUUUGUUUCCAAGGGCGCCACCAUCCGGCCCAUUGCCAUUCCCGAGCUUGAGGAGAUCAAGGUGAGCCACUUGAUCACCAUCCUGUCGGAAAUGAUUGCAAGCAUGCGUGGCAACAUUGCCGACUCUGACUGGCACCGUCUGAGUCUGACGACGCGGGCUCCACUGUACCUGGGUGAGAUGUUCACAGCCACCGACUACCAGAACGCCCAGCGCUACCGCACUCGAGCAAUUCGCACGUUGCGUCGUCUGUUUGAGGAAGGAGGCAUCACCGUGAUUGCUGUCCCGUCCACGGCUAUUGCGGCACCACGCAUCAACGAGCAUGCCCUGGCAACCGAUGAGCUCAAUGCUCAGCAGACCGGCCGAAUCAUGCGAACGUCCGUGCUGGCAAACCUGACGGGAGUGCCAGGCAUCAGCUUCCCUUCGGGCUAUACAGCGGAUGGUCUUCCCAUUGGCUUCCAGCUGAUGGGCAAGUGGUAUCACGAACACACAUUGCUGCAGAUGGCACGCAUUGGUGAAGCCUCUGUCACUCGUCGUGAGCCCGCUCUCUACUAUUCUCUGCUGGAACAAGCGCGUGCUGCCAAGAAGAGCGCGACACCCAGCAGCACUUGCGAGUAGUGUUUCGUUGUUGUGUUUGAGCUUUUUGCGUUCGUUGAUUUUGUUGUUCUCGUGCUUUGCUCCGAACCAAAUAGCAUGCUUCAAACUUUGAACGAACAACCAACCAUG